CCCCCCCCGACCCCAGCACGGCCACCGGUGCCCCCAAGAGCCGCGCCCCGUCGCCAAGAUGUCCAAGGUGGCCAAGUACCGCCGGCAGGUGAGCGAAGACCCCGACAUCGACAGCCUGCUGUCCACGCUGUCCCCCGAGGAGAUGGAGGAGCUGGAGAAGGAGCUGGACGGCGCGGACCCCGACAGCAGCGUGCCCGUGGGGCUGCGGCAGCGGAACCAGACGGACAGGCCGGCCACGGGCGCCUACGACCGGGAGGCCAUGCUCAGCUUCUGCGAGGAGACGACCAAGAAGCUCAUCCGGAGGGAGAUGUCCCUGGACGUGGACGAGAGCCAGCCGGCGGAGACCAAGGCCGACGCCAAGAACGGCGGCAGGAAGGCCCUGGGCCCCAGGCAGGACUCGGACGCGGGGCGGGCGCCCCGGCGGGGCGUCCUGAAGAAGGCCUUCUCCCGAGACAAGGAGGACGCCGCCGCCGCCGCCGCCGCCGAGGCCAAAGGCGCCCCCCAGCCCCGGGAGGAGAAGCUCAUCCGGGGCAUCGACCGGGGCCGGGUCAGGGCCGCCGUGGACAAGACCGAGGCGGGGGGCGGCGGGCGGGGGGACGGCCAGGCCCCCAGGAAGGAGGAGGAGCCGAGAGGGGGGGCCAGGAGCGCCGGCCUGAGCAGAGACAAGGAUGAGAAGCCGGAGGACGGGAAGGGAAGAGGCGGGGGAGCGCGCACGGAGGCUGCGGGGAAGGAGGGCCCGGCGGCGGCGGCGGCGAGGAAGGAGGAGGAGAAGGUCACCCAGGAGGCGCCCCCCGGCCCCAGGGCGCCCGCGGAGGAGAGGCGGAGCGGGGCGGCGGCCGAGAAGCCAGCGGCCCCGGGGGGCCCCGCCAAGCCCCCCGCCGAGGGCCCGGCGCCCGCCGCGGAGGGGGAGGAGGCGGCCCCCAGCAUCUUCGACGAGCCGCUGGAGCGGGUGCGCAGCAACGACCCCAGCCUGACGGAGGUGAACCUCAACAACUCGGACUGCAUCACGCCCGAGAUCCUGGUGCGCUUCGCCGAGGCGCUGGAGUUCAACACGGCCGUGCGGGCGUUCGCCCUGGCCAACACGCGGGCCGACGACCACGUGGCCUUCGCCAUCGCCAUCAUGCUCAAGGCCAACAAGGCCAUCACCAGCCUCAACCUGGACUCCAACCACAUCACGGGCAAGGGCAUCCUGGCCAUCUUCCGGGCGCUGCUGCAGAACAGCACGCUCACCGAGCUGCGCUUCCACAACCAGCGCCACAUCUGCGGCGGGAAGACGGAGAUGGAGGUGGCCGCGCUGCUCAAGGACAACCACACGCUGCUCAAGCUGGGCUACCACUUCGAGCUGGCCGGGCCCCGCAUGACCGUCACGCACCUGCUCAGCCGCAACAUGGACCGCCAGCGGCAGCGGCGGCUGCAGGAGCAGCGGCGGGCGCAGGAGGAGGCGGCGGCGGCGGGGCGCGGGGGCCGGGGCCGCCGGGGAGAAGAAGGGGCUGCUGGAGGUGCCCAAGGUCAAGGUCGGGGGGGCGCCCCCCAAGGGCUCCCCGGGCCCCUCCCCGCAGCCGUCUCCAAAGGCCUCGCCCAAGAACUCGCCCAAGGGUGGGGGGGCUCCGGCCGCCCCGCCGCCCCCGCCGCCGCCGCCGCCCCUGGCCCCGCCCCUGGCCCCGCCCCUGAUGGUGGAGAACCUGAGGAACUCGCUCUCGCCGGCCACCCAGAGGAAGAUGGGGGACAGGGCUCUCCCCGCCCAGGAGAAGAACUCGCGCGACCAGCUGCUGGCCGCCAUCCGCUCCAGCAACCUCAAGCAGCUCAAGAAGGUGGAGGUGCCCAAGCUGCUGCAGUAGGGCCAGGCCGCGGGCACCGCCCCCCCGGCCGCCCAGACCCGCCCCCGGCUGGCCUGCUGCCGUCCCCGCCUGCCCGGGGUCCCGAGGCCGGGCCACGCUUUCUCAUCCAGACGGUUCCUCUCCGCGGGCCGAGGUUCCCGGACAAGAAGAGUCCUUCAGGCACGCGGCGGAGAAGACGGCACGCGGCGGGGAGCCGGGGAGGAUGUGCACGGGACCACGUCGAGGCCCAGCCCCGCCCUCCAGGGCCAGGAUUCAGCUCUGAGGAGCCCUGGGGCAAGGCUGCUGGGCUGGUGUGCAGGGCAGGGCGGACGCUGGAGAGGGAGAGGGCCGGGGCGAGGACAGAGCCUGGACGGACGGACAGUGCCCGGGGGAGGGAGGGGCCGGCGCGGCCGGACCGGCAGGUUUGAUGCCAAAGCAGACGCUGUUUUCCUACACCCACGCGCUGUGCUGUGACCCGCUGUGUCUCCCCGUAAGAUUUUGAUAAUAUAUACGAGCCUGUA